AUGUUAUUCCUUUCACCAUCACCACCACGAUCCAUCAUGUCAUCCCGAUCAUCACCAACAACAACAAUAUCAUUUUCACAACAUCCCAUUUCAAACUACUUGAUAUUCACUCUAUUCCUUGUUUUCAUCAUUGCAUCAACGUCAUCCUUCACACUGGCACAAGUGUCAACGAGUAGCACUUGUUCCGGUACGUGUAUGGCUGUGGCAGAUGUGUUGGCAAAUGAUGCCAUCAAAUCGGGUCUCACCAUGUGCCAACAUCAUUUACCAAAAUCUCAAUAUGUUUGCAUUACCCAAAACUAUACGGCGGAUGACCUUGCGUUGCAAAAUAACUUUAUCAAAAAUUCGAAAUUUCUUCCCGAUGAUGCAAGUUGCGUCUCUUCAUGGAAAUCAUUUGCUUGUAUGAGAGUAUUUGCUUCGUGCUAUCCUUCAAACAAAACCAUUCUUCCAGUGUGUUAUUCUGAUUGUUUAAAAUAUACUGACAACUGUUGGAAUAGAGACAAAGGCUACAAUCCUUUCAACUGGUUCUAUCAAGGUGUAUUCUUUUUAAAUCCUGAUCUAGAUCUAAAGUUCAAAUAUUUCUGUGCUAAAAAUUCAGCUGGACUCUUGGGACAGAGUGGUGAUGUGAUUGACUAUACGGCUAGCCCAAAUCCCUACUGUACAACAUCUGCCGGAGUUUCGUUAGUGUCACUGAUGAACAGUAGUGUCACAAUUAUUAUAGUAUUCAUUAUUCUUGCCUUAGCAAUAUGA